UACAUGGAACAGUUAAAGAAAUUGUCGUCGAGUAUGGAUAUUAAGUUUGAGUUUCUUGAUGGAAUGAUAAAGAUGACCAAAGGAAGUGCUUCUCGUGUAAAAGAUUGGAGAAGAAAGUGUAAUGACUCCAUAAAAACAUUCUAGACUAUUUUCAAAAGAAAUCUUUUCCAUUUGACAAUGAAACACAAGAGUCGAUGUGUGAACCGUUGAUAACCAUUCAAAAUAAAGUUUCGUCAUCCGGAGCGGCUUGUUGGCUUGAUGAGGAAAAGUUGAUUCUUGUUGGUAAUGUGACAAAUUUUGAUCAGAAUGUCAAAGAUGUCGAUGAAUUCGUUCGUAAAGCUAACAUGUUUUCGAAGAAGAGCUUUGAAGUUGACGAUUGCAUUAGCGAUUCCAUCGUGAAAGAAUUACCUCAGCUUCAAGAAAGUCUAAAGUCCCAUAAAAUAACGUUAAACGAAAAAGAACUUGUUGUCGUUGGCUUGAAAAGCGACUUCAGCCAUGCUUUAAAAACUGUCCAUGCCUUUCUGGGAAGUCUGAAAUUAGCAGCCGUCACUGUCGAGGUUGAUUGUGAUGUUUUGAAAUUUGUGAUGAACCGUAAAUUUUUUUCGUGCGACCUCGCCGCAAGACUGAAAAACUUUAAGGCUGAGCUCCAACCAUUUGCAGAGGGUAAUGCUUUCGUAAAGAUCGUCCAAUCAGAUACGGGCAGCGUUAAAAAUUGGCCCGAAAAGUGCAAGAAUACGUCAAAAAAGUUUUUUGAUCAAUUUCGUGUAAAAAGAUUCAAAAUUAGCACAGGAGCUGAGAACGCUGUUUCUAAGAAAGUUGAAGGUAUGAUAGAUUCAAUCCGCUCCGAUCAAAUUGAUUGUUGGUUUAUCCAUGAGAAAGAAGAAAUCGUUGUAGUUGGACUGAAAAAAAAAUGUUGAUUCCGUUAUUAAAUUGGUUGAAAACAUUAUAAGAAUGACGACAGAAGAACACGAAAAACCAAAGCAAGUCGUUAGGUAUGCUGACGUUCCAUCUUCUGAUCAUGAUGAUUUCCUUGAAAAACAACAAUUCCUGAGAACGAUUAAAGAAAACAAUCCUGGUUUGGUUAAGGUAAAGUUUGCGGACAGCGAAAUUAACAAUGGUCAGACAAUUACUAAGGAACCAAAGUCCGAAGAACACGAAAAACCAAAACACCUCGUGAAAUAUGUCGACGUCAACUCUGUAGAUGUUGUUAAUUUCGUUGAAAAGAACCAAAUCUUACGAAAAAUUAAGCAAGCAAAUCCUGGAUUGGUCGAACUGUUGGCAACUGUUGUUGAUUCAAGAGAAAAAGUUUGUUUUGUUGGACAGAAUAGCAAUAUGCGAUGGAGCAGAACAGUUAGAUCAGCUGUUAUGUAGCCUUCAAGUGCUCGAAACAAGAUUGCCUAAGGAGUUCGUAAGCUUUAUAUCGGAGACUGCUGGACAAAAGUAUGUCGACACAUUUUUAUCAAAGAAGAAUAUCGCUUAUCAUUAUUCGAUUUUAUCGAAUUGCAGUGUCAGGAUUGUUGCUUCUUCUUCCAAAGAAUGUGAAGCGGUAAAAACGUGUUUUUAUUUGAGAAUAGACAGAGAAACCAUACCUUUGCCUGCUGGAAAUGAACAUAUAUUUUCUUCAAAAGAAUGGUCUGAUUUGUCGAGAUCCAUGAAAGCUGAACAACUCAUUUUCCAUGAUGCUGAUGACAGGCUCUGUCAAAUACAUUUAUACGGCGCUGAAAAUCUUGUUGAACGUUACUCUUGUAAAAUUCGACGUCUUAUCAGUACACACAAAUUAGUCAGCAGAAGGCAGAACUUAAGUGAAGGUGUUGCUCUUUUCAUGAAAAUCCUUAUGACAGAUGAGAUUUAUGCUUUAGCGAACGAUCAGCAAGUGGAUAUUGACAUUCGAGAUGGAGAAUGUGUUAUCAAAGGAACAAAAAAUGGAGUUGAAGGCGCUUGUAGCAGGCUUUUUGAAAUUAAAGAUAAAGUUGUGAUAAAAUUAAAUGAUAUUUCCCGUGUUGGUCUUAGAACGCUGAUGUCUUCAGAGAACGGUCUGCGAAAUUUAAGAGGCAUCGAAAAUGAAACAAAUGUACUCAUUAAAAUUAGGAGUGUACAAGAAGUCACAGCAAAUCAAAAGCAAAAUAUCCCAUCAACCAGCGCGAGUGACUCAUCAAACCCAUCAGAUCCUUUCAAUGUUUGCCAUUUCAUAAGCAAAGAAGGCCUGUAUGUCUUAUGGAAGUAUGGGAAUAUUGCCGAGGAGAAGGCCGACGUUUUGGUAAAUUCUGCGACAUCUGAUCUCAACAAUCCCACCGAGAUAGGUCGUGCAUUAAAUGAUGUUGGUGGAUCAUUAUAUAAGGCUGAAUGUAGAACUAAUUGCAACAUUCCAAAUGGUGACAUCGUCACGACAAUUGGUGGGAAAUUAAGCUGUAAAUAUGUAAUACAUGCGGUGUGUUGUGACUGGAACAGUAAAGAUCGAGAUGAGAAUUUUUUACCUCGUCUUAUAAUGAAAAUUUUACUGGAAUGUCGUCGACGCUCUGUGAAAUCUUUGGCAAUGCCUUUGAUUGGAAGUGGAAAACACAAGUUUCCAGAAGAUGUUGUUUUAUGCAGUAUGAGAGAAACGUUUAUUCAGUUUCAGCGCUUCUUAUCCAAAUAGCACAUUGAAGGAAAUUCGGUUGAUUAGGUUUGACAAGAGUGAACAUUCAAAAGCGUCUGUAAAGUCAAAAGAUGCAGACAAUAAUUCAACCUUUGGAGAAGGCUAUCCAAUAAUAAUGGGAGAUAAUUUUAUGGAAAAUGUACGAUUUCAAUUCUACGCACUUUCUGAUCAAGAUAUAAGUACCGCUGUAGGAAAGAUCGAGGAGUUUAUCGAGAACAAUAUAACGUGUAAAUUUGUUGAGCACCAAAACCUUGGAAAGAUUGUUCGUGAAAGCAUGACCGAAUUGAAGCGUUUGGCUGCAGAAAAGAAAGUGAAAAUUACAUGUCAAAACCCUUCGUCUGUUUCAAUCGAGGGAACCCUGAAAGACGUUAUGGAAACUAUUGAUAAAUUAACGGUUAAGAUUGGCAAUUAUUGUGAUCAACAGCAGAGUAAAAAGGGAAUUUUAGAUUUCAUAAAAGCGGUAGUUGGUCUUGGUGAUGAUCAGGAAAAGCCACGUGUACUGAUAGUUGAAGGUAGCCCCAUUCAGCUGCUUGUGGUGGUUGCCCGGGCCCUUUUGGCCCACGACUCAAUCUGGACCUGUGUUUAACUUGUCCUUCAUUUGAAGAUUGUCGCUCAUUAUUUGGAUGUACUUAUUGAAAUUUUUAAUGCUCGAGAAUUAAUAUAUGAGUACGCUGAUUACUCUGACUUCAUAAAGUUCUCGAAGCUUUUACAAAUCGAAUUUUAUGAGAACUAUGAAAAGUGCUGCUCUUCACGUAGAACAAGUAAGUUUGAUAAAGAAAACUGUAUCUUUAUCUUUAUGGAAAUAGUUUGAAAAUCAUAUUGAUUUUCAGGUUAGGACAAACUGCAACGAAAUGGGAUUAGCUGUGUAUUUGUGUUUAAACAACAUUAGGCAAGUCUUUCGUCAACAUUUGGGUGUCUUGGAAUUGUCGAAUCACCGAUAAAAUACAAGUCAAUUAAGUCAUGACACAUCAGGAAUGGGUUCAGGCACUUUCAGACUGAGGGAAAAGAUUUUUGAAUGUAACUUAGUAUAUGACACAUGAAUUAUCUAGUGAGAAAUUGAAAAAUAGAACCCAGUCUAUCAUGAUGUAGACCGUAGGCGUGACGUCACGUAUGACGUGUGACUAAUUUAUUCCCAGAAUAGCGAGAAUAUAUUGCACUUGUUCAUCAUUUCGAUUCAAGAAAUUCUAUUCAAACUUGCUGCGAUAAUAAAGUCAACGUAUUGAUGUGAAAAAAUGACAAUAAUUUUCAAGGUCUGUUGAAUAUAGAAUUGUGCUUUUUGGUUAAUAUUCGUAAAUUUCCCUGAACUUUGUGCUUUGCAAAACUGUGCACGUGCGAAUUUACUUUUUAGCAUUUUGAUUUUCUUAAACUGAAAGAUAGACUGACUAAUUCAUGAUGUGAUGUGUUUUUAUUGCAAAAUCGUGAACAAUAUUCUUAAUGUUUCUACGUGAUUAUGAUAUAGAAUCUUGAAUACUUAAACACUUCCGGUAUACAAAUGAUUCAUUUUGUCUCUCGAUAUUUAUUUGUUUUCUAUUUUGUUAAUUGUUAUACAUACUAAACUAAAGUUAUAUGAUCUCGAUGAUGUCAACUUACUUUUAAUAAAACACAAACGAAAGCUGGGUAAUUUUAUUUUCGGAAUAGAGUGAUGUGGAUGAUUAUGAAAAGAAAUCAUGUGCUGAAGAAGAAAUUAGACAAGGAUUCAUUUGACAAUUCAAGGAAAAAUAUUUGAUCUGAGAUGGCUAAAGUUUCAGAGCUUCGUCAACUCCACUUGAGAAACGGAUAUUAUUGUUGGAAAUAAUGCUAGUAAAAUAUCAGCAAUGAGUUUGUCUGCUGGUCGUGGUCGUGGUCGUGGUCGUGAAAGUGGAAGAGGAGGAAAGAAACCACAUGGGCCUUUGAGAAAACCUGGUGAAUUCAUUAUUACUUCUAAAAAUCUGAAUUUGGAAGAUAGUACUCUUAGUCCUAAAGAUGAAAAACCACCUGUUUCAACAGUACAGCAAUCUGCAAAGGACGACAGCAGUCUGAGCUUGGAGCCUUUGGCCGACGUAAAAGAAAUCAAAGAACAAGAUCAUCAAACUGAAAUACAAGGAAGUGAUUUGUGGAAAUCUGUUAAUAAUCCUGAAUUUGUUCCAAAAUCUCAGCAAGUACAGGCUAGACCUUCAAAUACACUUGUUACAGCUGUUAAUGCUCCCGAAUUUAUUCCUGGAAGACGUUUUCCAGUACACAAAGAAACCGCUGAGGAAAGAUCGAAUACCAUUGUAAACUUUAUGACUAUUAAAGUAAAACAACUUACUGAAGAUCCUGGUUUGUUUGAUGAAAUUGCAGAAGCUACUGUUAGCUAUUUGUUAUUGCAUUUAAAAGAUGAAAACGACAUGACAUUGGUGUCAGAUAUACUCUUUGAAAAGUGUGUAGCAUACCGUCAUUUUCAAUAUACUGGAUCAAGAUUGGCUGCACAUAUGGAUAGAUACUUGGUGGUCAACGCAAUGGACUCGAUUCCAUUUCGAAAUUUUUUUUUGAAAAGGUGUAGUAAAGAAAAUACCAUGUUUGACAACACAAUUGAAAGCGAUCCAGAAAGAGCAUGUAAUUUUGCGCUUCUUAUGAGUGAAUUGCUUCGAAAUUACAAGGACAAGAACGACAAGACUACUGGUAGAUUAUUAUGUGUUGUCACAGAUUUGUUAAAAAAACUCUUAAGCUGUAGCAAUUCGAAGCUUCUCAUAACCGCUGGAAAACUUUUAAAGUUGACUGGAGGCUUGCUUGAUCAAGGGAACGAGUUAUUUCAUUCUGUAAAACAGUUGGCAGUUGAUGAACUUGUUGACAGUACUGCUCGAGUGUUAUUUCAUCGUGUUUGUGAGUUGAAAGAAGCCAACUGGGGUCUCGCGGAAGCUUCAGUAUCAGUAUCAGAUUUGUUUGCUACACAAGAAACCUCCAUUUUCAUUCCAAACAUAAGGGGAAUGUUAGAAGAGGAACAAGAAAGUGACAUACCUGUACUAAAUGAAGACGAGUGGAACGACUUUGCGAUCGAUAGCGGCGCUCAAGAAGUUUACGACGAGAAUGCGUAUGAAAAUGAUGAAGAACUUUUAUACCAGCAGAUGUACCUGGAACAAUACCUCGUACCUUACCCACCUACAGAGUUUUGGUCCAAUGCUGACCUUGCUGAUUACGAUGAGGAUUUUGAGAAAUUCUUGCAAGCCACCUUUCCGUCAAAGAGUGAACAUAAUCGUCAUCUUUCUGAAGGUUUUUCUAUUGCUUGCAAACACCAAAAAAACCAGGAUAGCGAACCUAACAUUGGUCAGACAAUUACUAAGGAACCAAAGUCCGGAGAGCAUGAAAAACCAAAACAGCUCGUGAAAUAUGUGGACGUCAAAUCUGUAGAUUUUGUUAAUUUCGUUGAAAAGAACCAAAUCUUACGAAAAAUUAAGCAAGCAAAUCCUGGAUUGGUCGAAGCAACUGUUAUUGAUUCAAGAGAAAAAGUUUGUUUUGUUGGGACAGAGAUAGCAAUACGCGAUGGGGCACAACAGUUAGAUCAGCUGUUAUGUAGCCUUCAAGUGUUCGAAACAAGAUUGCCUAAGGAGUUCGUAAGCUUUAUAUCGGAGACUGCUGGACAAAAGUAUGUCGACACAUUUUUAUCAAAGAAGAAUAUCGCUUAUCAUUAUUCGAUUUCAUCGAAUUGCAGUGUCAGGAUUGUUGCUUCUUCUUCCAAAGAAUGUGAAGCGGUAAAAACGUGUUUUUAUUUGAGAAUAGACAGAGAAACCAUACCUUUGCCUGCUGGAAAUGAACACAUAUUUUCUUCAAAAGAAUGGUGUGAUUUGUCGAGAUCCAUGAAAGCUGAACAACUCAUUUUCAAUGAUGCUGAUGACAUGCUAUGUCAAAUACAUUUAUACGGCGCUGAAAAUCUUGUUAAAAGUUACUCUUAUAAAAUUCGACGUCUUAUCAGAACGCACAAAUUAGUCAGCAGAAGGCAGAACUUAAGUAAAGGUGUUGCUCUUUUCAUGAAGAAACUUAUGACAGAUGAGAUUGAUGCUUUAAAGAACGACCAGCAAGUGAAUAUUGACAUUCGAGAUGGAGAAUGUGUUAUCAAAGGAACAAAAAAUGGAGUUGAAGGCGCUUGUAGCAGGCUUUUUGAAAUGAAAGAUAAAGUUGUGAUAAAAUUAAAUGAUAUUUCCCGUGUUGGUCUUAGAACGCUGAUUUUUUCAGAGAAUGGUCAGCGAAAUUUAAGAGGUAUCGAAAAUGAAACGAAUGUACUCAUUGAAAUUAAGAGUAUACAAGAAGUCACAGCAAAUCAAAAGAAAAAUAUCCCAUCAACCAGCGCGAGUGGUUCAUCAAACCCAUCAGAUCUUUUCAAUGUUUGCGAUUUCAUAACCAAAGAAGGUCUGUAUGUCUUAUGGAAGUAUGGGAAUAUUGCCGAGGAGAAGGCCGACGUUCUGGUAAAUUCUGCGACAUCUGAUCUCAACAAUCCCACCGAGAUAGGUCGUGCAUUAAAUGAUGUUGGUGGAUCAUUAUAUAAGGCUGAAUGUAAAAGUAAUUCCAACAUUCCAAAUGGUGAAAUCGUCACGACAAUUGGUGGGAACUUAAGCUGUAAAUAUGUUAUACAUGCGGUGUGUUGUGACUGGAACAGUAAAGAUCGAGAUGAGAAUUUUUUACCUCGUCUUAUAAUGAAAAUUUUAAUGGAAUGUCUCCGACUUUCUGUGAAAUCUUUGGCAAUGCCUUUGAUUGGAAGUGGAAAACACAAGUUUCCAGAAGAUGUUGUUUUACGCAGUAUGAGAGAAACAUUUAUUCAGUUCAGCUCUUCUUAUUCAAAUAGCACAUUGAAGGAAAUUCGGUUGAUUAGAUUUGACAAAAGUGAACGUUCAAAAGCGUAUGUAAAAUCAAAAGAUGCAGACAAUAAUGCAACCUUGGCAGAACGCUAUCCAAUCAUAAUGGGAGAAAAUUUUGUGGAAAAUGUACGAUUUCAAUUCUACGCACUUUUUGAUCAAGAUAUAAGUACCGUUGUAGGAAAGAUCGAGGAGUUUAUCGAGAACAAUAUAACGUGUAAAUUUGUGGAGCACCAAAAUCUUGGAAAGAUUGUUCGUGAAAGCAUGACCGAAUUGAAGCGUUUGGCUGCAGAAAAGCAAGUGAAAAUUACAUGUCAAAACCCUUCGUCUGUUUCAAUCGAAGGAGCCCUUAAAAACGUUAUGGAAACUAUUGAUAAAUUAACGGUUAUGAUUGGCAAUUAUUGUGAUCAACAGCAGGGUAAAAAGGGAAUUUUAGAUUUCAUAAAGGCGGUAGUUGGUCUUGGUGAUGAUCAGGAAAAGCCACGUGUGCUGGUAGUUGAAGAAAAAGAACCUCCAUUACCCGCGCACUGGGAAUCUCAACCAAGUGAUCAACUGGUAAAACUGGUGAGUGUCUCAUCUUCAACACCUGAGUAUCAAGAAGUUCUCCGUCAUUUCAUGGAUAAUGGUGGACUUCAAUCACAACUUCAAAAAGUGGAAAGAAUCCAAAACCCUCAACUUUACUCGAGGUAUAUGACUUUCAAAAAAACCAUGAAAACUCAACCAAACGAAAAGCGACUCUACCACGGUACUGAUGCAGCCAAUAUUGAAUCAAUAAACGUAUCUAAUUUAAGCCGAAGCUUUGCCGGUGUCAAUGGAGUUCUGUAUGGUCAUGGAGUAUAUUUUGCGCAUGAUGCCUCCUACUCAAUUAAUUACUCCAGAAAAAGACGUGGUUCAUCAUGUAAAAUGUACCUGGCAAAAGUUCUUGUCGGUGAUUAUACACUAGGAACAACAGAGAUGAAAGCACCACCUUUGAAAAAUGAUCCCACAAACCCUGGCUUACGGUAUGACUCAGUAGUUGAUAAUGUUAAGCAGCCAAGAAUUUACGUAAUAUUUCAAGAUAAUCAAUAUUAUCCUGAGUACUUACUAACAUUGAAUCUAGCUUAUUUUUGGUAACUGCUGGCUUACUUUGCACCUUGAACAGCCCCUGUCACGACGUUUUGAGGAGAUGAUUGGGGAGGGGGAAUCUUUGCAUCUGAUUCUGUAAUUUUUUAAAAAGUUCUUUCAAAGAGGCAUAAAAUGCAAUAGCAUAGUUGUAGAAAUUUAAGGGAAGCUAAUUAAAUAUCCUAAAAACUUGCGAUGA